AAAGAGGUGCGGCGUCGUAGACUGCGCACGUUUGGGCUCACCUCAUAGUUGGGGCCAAGGUUGGGUCCGCCUUUGGGAACAGUGACUAAUGGAGCACUGCGAACUGUGUGGAGCAGGGGGAGGAACCCAAACGCUCGAGUGUGCGACUCUACGAUCCGCGCGCCGCAGCGGCAGCUGCGCAUGCGGUCUGUCGCACAUUGGCGCCAAUGACUAACCCGAAAUUCACAGAGCAGUACACCGUGCGCAUCGGUAAUUCCAGGGUCUGUGUCAGGCGCCUGCGCUUGUGCUGCAACGUGAAGCGACUGCGAAAGUCGAAAGGGCACGCCAGCGCUUGCUCGUCGCUUGCUCGUUCGUGAAAAGGCAUAAGUCGGCACGCGCCACUGCCGACUGCCGAGCCAUGCGACCCUCCAGUCCCGAUGAAUUCCCCGUGCCCUCACUGCUCUGAACCAUUAUCGUAGGGAACAGCGCCUGCCUGGCUGCCUUCGCCCGGCGUAGCGGCAGUAGCUUCCUAGUUGGAUCCAGGAUUUCAAAAGUCCUCCCUUUUUUUCUAUAUGCGUUUCUUAAUGCUUCUCAUUCACAGGGUGGACCAUAUACCCAACGGCUCAUAGCACAUAAGCUGUCCUCACUUCUACUUCAGCCCUCGGCCCGGCGGCCACAAGGUCAAAGAGUCCCUCAGGCGUAUGACUGACAAGUCGCUGCUGACGGCUAUCCGGUUUUCUUCACUUGAAUACUUCUGAUAACACUGGCGAGUGAGCGGUGCAUAAGGAGGCCCGCAGCAGGAGUCCACUUAGUCCUCGGUCCAUCAAGCGGUCUAUACGUAGCAUUAGGACUGGCUUCCAGGCGCAUUUUGGCGGGUGUGCUUGUGAGGGAGCGGCCAUGCGCGCUGCACGGAGGCAUUUUGCGUUACUGGCACAGAUCGUAGUCGCAUCUGCCUGUGCUCUAUCAUUAGCACGCGCAAGCGCGACUCAUGGCGACAGUCCGGGCCAAGUCUCAGGCUCGCUGCUGGUUUUGAUGUCCUCAAGCGCCGAGGAGGGCUCCGAUGUAACCGAUCGAUACUUGCAGACCGACGAUGGCGCGUUCUACCGCGUAGACUUCUGCGCCGGCUUGGAGCUCUCUGAAAUCCCGUCGGGUGCGCGUGCCACGGUGUUUUACACCAGUCUCGCCAACGGAGUGCUGAGCUCGUGUCAGGCACCACGGAUGGAGGGCGCGGGGGGGCGGCGGUCGAUGUUCGGCGAGGACAUCACCACCCCCACGGAGCCCAAGUUUCUGGUUUACCUGGUGACACUAUGCAACGUGCCAGUGCCGGCAGCCGCCACCCCACAGGCGGUGCUUGACAUGUUCAAUGGCGGCGGCAGCUACACUGGCGCGUCGCUUUCCGGCUACUAUGACACCUGCAGCCGCAGACAAGUGCGCGUGCUGCCCUCCAACGUCAAGGUGGUGGGGCCCAUCCGCAUUCCCUGCUCCGGCGUGCUGGACAACCCGAUUCGCUUCGCAUCGGGUAACGCUUUUGACACGGGCAGCUGCGGCAACGACAACCAGCUCAAAUGGCAGUUCUACCUGGACCAGCUGAUGUCGGCGGCGCCGUACAACAUCAACCCGCUGGAGUACCACCACAAGAUCAUGGUGCUGCCGACCGGCUUCAGCAACUACCUGAAGAACUGCAACAACAUCGUGGUCGGCACCGCCACCGUGGGCCCCUGGUUCCGCGGCUCGCCCACCUCGGGCUCCAACACCUGGGGCACGGGCCUUGUGUGGCUGGACGGCGGGGCCUUCGACAUCGGCGCGCUGUUCCACGAGGUCGGCCACACGCUGGGCCUGGCGCACGCCAACGUGCCCGGCGGCUGCGGCGGCUUCGACCAGUGCGACAGCUCCUGCCCCAUGGGCUCCGCCUCCAAGCAGUGCCUCAACGCGCCGCACGCCUGGCAGCUGGGCUGGCUACAGCCCGCGCGUAGCUUGGCGGAUGCCGACGUGUUCGCCCGGCCGACCCAGGUCGCGCUGCCGCUGCAGCAGGCGUCGAACAACAGCUACGCCAUGGUGUCGCUGACAUCCACCGGCUCCACGCCUAACAACCAGCUCUUCGUGGCUGCGCGCACCAACUCUGCGCCCUACGACGUCAUGUUUGACUCCAAGCUGGACGGCAAGACCAUGGUGCUGGUGCACAGCUACAACGGCACCGCGGUGUCAUCCUACCAGCGUACCUUCGCGCUGGCCACGCUGGAUGUGGGCCAGCGCUACGUGCACCCUGACAGCAAUGUGGUGGUCAGCUACACGUCCGGGGGCAGCGACGGCGGUGCGGUCGUAACGCUGUGUCGCCGCAGCGGCGCUACGGAGGCGGUGUGCGGCGACGGUCUGGAUGACGACUGUGACGGCCUGCCUGAUGAGUCGGACCCGGAUUGCCAGGGCCGCAUGAACGGCAACUCGCGCUCGCCGCCACCGCCGCGCGUGCUUGGCGGCGGUCUGAACGUUCAAAACGGCGCCGUGCGGCCGCCUGUGCCGCGUGCGUCCCCGCGGCCGCCGCCGGGGCCACCGCCGGGGCCACCGCGGCCGCGGCCAUCACCGCCUCCUUCGCCGCGCCGCCCGUCGCCCCCGCCCGCCCCAUUGCCGCCCUCACCGGCGCCGCCGGCUCUGUCCAACACGAAUGACGACUUCUGGUGGAUGGGCGGUGUUGGCAGCAACGACCCCAAGACCAGCUCGCCGUCAUCCAAUAAGGCGCCGCCGAAGGGUGUGGCACUUGACACGGCCCCUCCCCCUCCGCCGCCACCACCCCCACCGCCGCCGCCGGAUGCACCGCCACCGCGGAAGCCAGGCAAGCGGCGGCAGGUGCUGCUACCCAACGCGCCCGACAGCCCCCUCAGUCCCCCGAACCUACCCCCUGACGCCCCGUCCAACCCGCCGCCGCCUGCCAAACGUGUGGCGCGGCCGCCUCCAUUCCCUGACAUUGUGCGCGGUUCGGGCGGAACGUGGGAUGACUGGACCAGCUCAGGCCGCCGGCUACUGCGCCGGCGGUGAGGCACGGUUGAGCCAUCGUCACGGCGCAUGGCGUCCGGCCGCUGCUUGCCAGGAGUUUUACAGCCACGCUGCUGCAUUGUUUCUGAUGCUUUACUACACCACCCUUUGGUGACACUCGAGAGCAGAGCAGCCACAAGUCGGAUAGCUUGCCUGCGUGGCGGCCCACCCGCUGCGUAAGGCAUGGCGGCAGUCAGCCACUCACAUUGCACUGCAUUAUAAUUGUUUUUUUGGCGCCGCAUGCGCGCAUAUGGCCAACAGCCUACCCUGUGGCGUUCUCGUUCUGGCCGUGAUGGUCAGUUGAGGAUGACCAUUGAAGACACCCAGUUCGUUCCUGCGCGCACGUUGAUUGUUUGGGCCCCAAAGCGCGCGCACACCGCGCUGGUGGUCACGUGGUGACAACGUCUGUGGUUCGUUGUAGACAGGCAAGGAAAUGGUGGUUGAUGCGGAUUGUCUCUGUUGUGUCUCAUGAAGAGGCCUUGCCGGACAGUGAAGAGAGGUACCAUGGAACCUUUUGCUCCACCGGACUGAAAUGCUGGGGAGUCGUGUGAUGUGAGAAGAGUGAAGCAUUGUACGUAUUACCCUCAAUGAGGGUAUAGUAGCCAAUAGACAAACUUUCGCGUUAGGUAGUGAUGGGACACUCGCGGCGGCCGCGCAGGUUGCUAGCGCCAGACCAGGCAUUAGACAGAUUAUGAGUGACUGUGAGUUUUUACUGUGAGUGUUCCUUGGAUGCGCGAGCUUCGAGCGCGCUCGAUUGCUGUUGUAUGGCGCACCGAGAGCCGCGAGGCUCCACACGGUAGGGCGUUGGCUCCAGAGCCCUCAGUUGAUGGGCCGUUGGGUGAUUUUCGUGCUUUGUGUGGGUGCGUUUGCCGCUGGAGGGACAUCCAUGCCGCAGGGUUGGAAAGCGUGGCAGGCACGAGGCGUGUGCGGCAAACAGGACUGGAACGGGACGACGACGUGCGCACGGAGUGGGAACGGGCAGUUCCGAGUGCAUCAUUUUGAGUGAGGUGCAUGCAAACGCGCGAGUAUGGUUAUUCACAGUGAACAGUGGGAUUACUGACCUACCAUCAAUGCGAUAUGACAUCAUCGUGUGCACCACAGAGGGCAAGUGUGCCUGUCGUUGCGGAGUGUCGUGCUCCUCAUGGCAUGCACUGUGACUUUUGCAGGCACAGAAGCCACCCCGCGCCCCCGCUUCAGAUAAUUUAUAGUUGACGGCAUUUCCUUACCUAUGCUUUGCAUGCGGUUGAUUACGCGCAUGGGGAUUCCAAGAUGCCCGAGCUGUGCCGCAGCAGGGUGCCCGAGUCAAGUCUCAAGGCAACCCUAGUCGCCUUGCAACGCUUGCGUGUGCAUCGGAACCUGAACGGCAAUGGAUGAUGGCUCCUAUUGCUUAGGAGUGGUACGCUUAAGACCUUUGAGUAGCCACAGUUGACUUGACGGGCCCCGAGUCAAGUGUCAGCGCAAGUGGCGUGUGUGCGUGUUUGUGCAUACAAGGCCCUGGAAAUGACAUGUUGCAAGGAAGAUGCAGUGGAUGGACACGGCUGCGGCUUCUUGGUUGGACUGCAUAUCAAGGAUUUGAGCAUCCUGAAUUGCCUGAGACGUCCUACGACGGCCGCUCGGAUUGUUUACGGGUGCUUACGUUGUAGGCUGCAUGAGGGAGGCAACCAUAUUCAUGGGACUUUAGGCUGCCUGGCUGUCGUUGCGAGAAGGCGCCGACACGAGCUAUGCACUGGCCAAGGGGGCCAGGAUGCCAUGGAACGAGAUCCGAGGGCGUUGCUAACCGCAUGCAUGAAUGCAUGUCGGGCAUAUACGUUGCCGGUGUAACGGGUGUACCCC